AUGAGCGAAAAUAGACAAGAUGGGUUUGUUGGGAGUGAAAAUGAUGAGAAAAAUAACGAAUCUUGUGAUCGGCCAACAAUUGUACUGACGGAUGAAAAGUCAAGUGACGGCAGUGAAAGGGAAAUUUCUGACAAUAAAAUAAAAAACAGGGAUGACAAUGAUGACAACCAUUGUCCGCAUAAACCACUUAAUCUGCUGUUAUCACAAGAUGUAAAUAUUCAUAAUAAAAAAGAGAUGUCAUCAUCAUCUACUCAUCAUCAUGAUCAUACAACGUCAUUUUCUCGUCAUAUUGCUCCUAGUCAAUCAGACUCAGAUCCACAUCUUCUCAACCAAACGAUCGAAAAUGUCCUUGGAUCUCCAUUAGAUGCCCAUGCACAAGGUAUCAUAUCCGUGGAAGGAAACAUGAUUUCAUUCGUAGCUCACAAUCUUAAUGAAUUGUUGAAAAAAGACUUGGGUAACUCCUCUGCAUCAAGUUGGCCCCCUCUAGAUGUUUAUUCCCGAUCUCAGAGUUCCAGUAGCCUCUCAAGUUCCAAUUCGGGCUGGUCCAGCAUGCCGGUGACUGGGGAGUGCAAGUCGACCAGAUAUUUGAUGAGCCCGGAAGAAAUACCUGCAAUCAACCCAAACAUUUUGAAUGAAAUGGAACAACAUACAAAACUUGUUGCCACCAACCUUAAUGAUGUGAUGAAAAACUUUCAAAAACAAAUGCAUAAAAUAUCCAACAGUUCAUUCCAAUGUGUGUCUGUCUAUAAGGAAUCUGUUGACCUGACUUGUGAUUCAGUGGAUGCCAGCAUCAAGAGUUGUGUAAUGUGUGUUCGUAGCUUAGGUCUGCAGAGGACAGCUGCCUGUAAGCAGCGAGCUGCCGAAACUGUUGAAAUUUAUUCAAGAAAAUCCAAACUCGGACUUGACCAGCAAGGCAAUAAAAAAUUCAUCAAAUAUUACUGGCUUGCAAGAGAAAGCAUGACCUAUACAACCAGUCAGAUUCAGUGA